AUGUCGAGCAAGAAAAAUAAAAAACUGACUGAUGCUGAGCUUCAAUACUUCGCUGAGAACUUAGACGAAAUAUCUUCACCAGAUGAAUUGAGUACUGCCUCUGGGGAGUCAUCUUCAGAAGAAGAUCCAUUUCAUAACAGUGGAGAGUCGGACGAAUCAUACAAGCCGUCCUCUAGUUCUGAUGAAGAUAUUCAAAAUGACAAUAGCGAUACUGAAGAAGAAGAAGGAAAUAUUACUGCGGAAAACUCAGGCGAACAAUUUGAAAUUCCUGCUAUGAAUGGCAAUUUUGAUCAAGAUACCUUAAGAAGGAUGCCUGCGACGGAUGCUUCAUACGCAAACAUUUUGAAAAAAAAUGUGAAUUUAAUUGUUAAGCCAAAAAACAACGAUCAGCCUCAUGCAGCGACAAGACUUAAGAUGCGUCAGUCUGUUGAUCCGGUAAUUAAUAACAUUAAAUUUUCUCAAGUAAAAAACAUAAAAAAUGGGGGAUUACUUAUAAAGUGUGAUGGAUCUGAAGAUGCCAGCAAAUUGAAGGAGUUGGCUUCAUUGCACCUUGCUGAUGAUUAUGAAGUCAAGGAAGUGAGGAAGUUUAACCCCCGUUUGAAAAUUGUAGGAAUGUCUGAGUGUAUUGACAAAGAUCAGCUCAGUGUUAUACUGAAGUCUCAGAAUAGUGUAUUUCAAAAUGAUAGUAAACAAAAUGGCUACCACGGUGGAAGGAAUAAUAUUUUAACCAGCGGCAUAUCUUAA